AUGAAGCUUCUCAGUAUCUUUUGUGUUUUUGUGGGCUUGGGAGCCGCCGCCCCUUCCAGCCAGCAGGACAAGGUCAGCUACGAUGGCUACAGAGUCUAUCGCGUUACCACUGUCAACGAGGUCGCUGGUGACGUUGCGGAUUUCCAGUUGCGAAUGGCUGGUCUUUCCGCGAUCGAGCUCAAUCACCGUCAUAUUUCGGACGAAGAGACGACAAUCGACAUCGCCAUUCCUCCGGGCCAAGUUGACGACUUUGACGCACAUCCUUUUAGCGCCACCAUCCUGAGCGAGGACCUAGGCGUUGAUAUUGCAGCUGAAGGUGCUCUGGGCAACUAUCAAAGACUAAACGAAAGUGACCAGAAAGUGCCGAGCCCAUCGUGGUUUGACUCGUACCAUGCCUACGAAGACCACGUCCAGUUCUGGUCCGAUUUACAGACCUCGUUCCCGGACAACUCGGAACUUAUCGAGGCUGGAGUCUCGUUCGAAGGUCAGCCUAUUCAAGGCAUCCACCUUUGGGGAAGUGGCGGCAGGGACUCGAAGCCAGCCGUUUUCUUCAAUGGCAAUGUCCAUGCCCGAGAGUGGAUUACCUCGAUGGUGGCCGAGUAUCUCAUCUACCAGAUCGUCAUUGGCUACGAGAACGACGCCACAGUGCAGUCAGCACUAGAUAACUACGAUUUCUACGUGUUGCCGGUAGUUAACCCAGACGGCUUCGUCUACACACAAACGACAGACCGACUCUGGAGAAAGAACCGCCAAACUCGAGACAACACGACCGAGGUUGGGACUGACAUCAAUCGCAACUGGUCCGUCGGAUUCGGAGGCGAAGGUUCGUCACUCGACCCCGGAUCGGAAACCUUCAGUGGCUACCAGCCGGGUGACGCUCCCGAAACGGCUGCAUUGAUGGCCUACGCGCUGAAACUGGCCGACAACAAUGGUGUCAAGCUAUACAUCGACUGGCACAGCUAUGCCCAGACUAUCCUGCUAUCCUACGGUUACACCUGUACCGAAUUCCCAGACAAUAUCCAGGACCAGAUACGCCUAGCAGCAGGCACAGCGCAGGCAAUAGCUCAAUCGUACAAUACCACAUUUGUGUACGGACCUGGCUGUCUCGUAUUGUACCAGUCGAGUGGCAAUGGCAGAGAUUUCGUGACUGAUGUCGUUGAUGCAGAACUUGGCUGGGGUAUUGAGCUCCGGGACACCUCUUAUGGGUUCAUGCUGCCUGCCAAUCAAAUCCUGCCCAGCAGUGUGGAGAUCUGGGACGGGAUGAAGUAUCUGUGGGCAAAUAUGUAG